AGAAGGUUAUUGUACGGUGCCUGCGACAAGUAAAAGUAAGCCCUAUUUAUCACCUUAUUUUGUCCGAGUGUUAUAUAGCUAGAUAUUUUCCAUGUGAUAAUGACUAGUUUUGAUCAGAUUAGCAUCCUUUUAUUUUGACUCGAAUCACAGCUCCUUGUCGCGCCUUAACCUCAGCGGAGAUUAUGCUCGGCUAGACACAAGCUAGUGUAACAGAGACCUGUCACGAAAUAUUAGACCUAGUCCUUGUGAACUGACAACUUCAUCGGUGAAGGCAUCAGUCCAAAAAUCCAGCCGAGUCCAGUCUCAGAAUGGCCCAAGAAGAUUGGACACCUUUAGCAAAGAAAUACUGCCCCCUGAUGGCAGGCAGUAUCGAUAUGACUGACACAGAACCUCAUGACCAUGGAAUCAUCAGGGCCUUUUCCUCUUCUUACAAACCAAACAAGGAUGUGGCUGGUGAUCCUAACUGUACAGUGUUUGUAUCUCAUCUGAACCCCAAAACUGAUGAAGAAACACUGGAAUCAGAAUUCUCUUACUUUGGAGAUAUAAAUAAAAUAAGACUAGUUAGGGACAUUGUCACUGGGCAUUCCAGGUGUUAUGCAUUUGUGGAGUUUAAUGAGGAACGGUCAGCAGUCAAGGCAGAAAGAGAUGGACAUUUAAUGGAAAUUGAUGGACGUGAAAUUCUUGUGGACUUUGAACUGGAGCGUAGACUGCCAGGGUGGGUUCCCAGAAGAUUAGGUGGAGGCUUUGGAGGCAAGAAAGAAUCGGGUCAGUUGAGGUUUGGAUGUAAAGAUCGCCCAUGGCGAAAACCCAUUUCUAUGCAGAGAAGGCAUUUAACAGACAAUUUUGAUGAUAAUGAUGGUGAAAGAAUUCAAAGUGGUCAGAGACUAAAUGAUGGGAAAAUCAGAAAGCGCUCCAGAGAUGGAGGUAGGUCACCUGAUAGGAUCCAGUCCAGGGAUGGUCGAUCACGAGACUGGCACAGGAAAAGCAGCUGGUCCCUAGAAAGCAGUAGAAGAAAGAGGAGCAGAUCCAAACACUGAUGACAUGGAUCUUAUUAAAGACAUUUUUUCAAGCUUUGAAAUGCCAUAAUUGAAAGAAAUUACUGAAGAAAAUGUGUUUUUUCAUUCAAACAUUAUAACAUGUUAUAAAUUAGUAUGACAUUUUUUUUUUACAAUAAUGAGACUGGAUGCAUCAAUCUAAUUAAAAUCAGAUCUUUUCUAA